UCCUCCAGCAGCAACGAGUAAACACAGACUUACAGGAUGUGGUAGUGCUAAGCGGUAGCCUCAGAUGUUAAACGUUACAGAGCUCUUAAACUACCAGUUGUGACAGAGACGUGCACGACGGAUAAACUGCGAAACAAACCCACCGAACAUUAAAGGAGUGUAUCCGUAACAAUGAAAGCACGAGCGGCUUCUUAACGCGGCGCCGCUACGUUGAGCUAGCAUGCUAAGCGCUAAUGUAUGUUGUACGUUGGAAUGGUAGAAUGUAUUAGCACGAGCUCCUUCGGUCAUGGCAGCGGGAGUAGGAGCCGCUCAUGGCGGCGGCUCUCUGGAGUCCACUUUAGCCAGGAAGUUUCAAAGUGUCUCAAACACUAUGGAUUCAAUCCAAGGCUUGUCGACGUGGUGUAUCGACAACAAGAAGUACCACAGCGUGAUCGUGCGACACUGGAUGAAGUGUUUGAGGAAAUCUGAUGCCCCACACAGACUCAACCUGAUUUACCUCGCCAACGAUGUCAUUCAGAACUGUAAAAGGAAAAACGCCAUUGUCUAUCGCACCGAAUUUGCCGAGGUGCUCCCCGAGGCAUUCGUGCUUGUCAACCAAGAACAUGACUCAAAGGUUAUUAAAUCAGUGGAAAGGAUACUUACCAUCUGGGAGGAGAGAGGUGUGUACACAGGGACACUCAUUGCUGAGCUUAGGGGGAACUUAAUCAAAGAAGAGUCUCCUCCUGAGACACCUGUGGAGCAAAAAACUCCAGUUGAAGCUACAGCAGAACUCAGGUCAAAGGUUGUUGAUGAGUUUGUGCCCCAGGCACUAAUAGACCAACUGGCCAAGUACAAGCGAUCUCUGGAGGAAGUAGACCUGAGAGAAAAACAGCUGGCAGCUAUGAGGGUUGACAUCUGCAGUUCUGGUGCCCUGAAAAAACUCAAAGAUAAGGCUGGAGGAAAGAGGUUCUCCAAGGACUUUGAGGAGGCAAAUGCACAACUACAAGAGUUUGUCAAGUUUCUUGACAAAGAAAGCAAAGUGGGACCUCCUGUCAUGGAGGCCCUCACCAAUGCCGAUAUCUUCUACGAGAUGCAGUACAAGGAGGUCAAGAUUGUCGCAAACGCCUACCAAACGUUUGCAAACCGCGUGUCCCACCUCAAGCGUAAGCUGGACGCACUGAAGGCCACUCUACCAGACCUGGACGAGUCGCCCAUCCCCUCACCAUCUGCAGACGCUCCAUCUCCAACAGGGUCAGAAUCCCCCUUUCAUGAUAUGGAAAUUAUCAACCCUGAUCCAGAUCUUGACGCCGCUGCUAUGGACGAUGAGGUGGAGCCUCCGGCCCCGAGCCCUCUGUCCUCAGUGGGAGGAUCGCCGACUCGCUCACUCGAUGCCGUUGGAGAGAAUGACAAUCGUGAAGUGGAAGACAUGGAGCUCUCUGACGAGGAAAUGGACAGUACUGGCAUUAUAGUCGAGCAACAGAUGGAAACAGAGGUUUCCACUCCAGUGAAUACUGGAACUACAGAAGCAUCAGUAGCAACAGAGCAGCCUAAAGCACAGGUCACGCCUUCUGUGGCUGCUCCUGCAGCAUCUGCUCCUGCAGCAUCUGCUCCUGCAACUGCUGUGGAAAGUGUUGACCUGGGUAAAAUUGGCUCCAUCCUCAACAGUUUAAGCUCAGUCAUAAAGAACACAGGAUCUUCAGUGGAGAGUCCUCCGGCAGUGGCUGCUCCUGCUGCCACACCUGCUCUCUCUGUGGCCUCACAAGAUAACUCUUCACUGGUAAACCUCCUCUCCAAGGUGGACGUGAGUCCUUCAGAGCUCCUCGGUGCUCUGUCCAAAGUCCAGGGCCAAAGCAGUUUCGGGGGCAUCAGCUCUAUGCUCAACAAACCAGCUGCAAAUGUCUCUUCAGCCUCCCCCACUACAGGCAAGGUUCCUCCUCCUUUGUCCACAUCUGCAUCAGCAGUUCCCCCUCAAAGCCCGUCUCUCUCCUCUAUUGCACCAGUGCCUUCUCCACACAUUUCUGCUGUAGAGCAGAGCACAAACGCCCAAGCCCCCCCUCAGACUUCCAACCCAGCGUCCACCUUGGUUCAGGCUCUGCAUAGAAACAUGGAGCUUGCAACAGAAUCAGAUCCGUCCUCGUCCUCUACGAGUUUAGAGUCUAAAAUCCACAGUUUCCUGCAAGGGAACCCUGCCUUUAAUGCAUUUGACCUAGGUUUUUCUGUGAACCCAGUGGGCACGGAAAAUCUCAACCCGGUCACUGGCACAGACAACCAGGAAGGGACUCCGGUGCGGGACGAGGGCGGAGGAACCCCAACUCAAGAUGAGAUCAUGGACAAGCCUGCUGUGGUCCCGUUUACUUCCAACGCCAAUACCAGGGAAACGGUAGAAAAAGCCGCUGUUGGAUAUCAGAGUAGCUCUCAGAUGAACAUUGUGGGUUCCCAACAGCAAGCUCAGAACGGGCAGGUCUACCAGCAACACCCGCGUGGCAAACAGGAGAUGCCAGAGCAUGGGAUUUCCACCCCUUUAGCACAUUAUCAACAGUUCUCCACUCUGACUGGAGGGCGAGUGCCUGCAGAUAGAGCACAGACUGAUGACGGUUUUCAGCGGUUGAAUGAAAUGAGUUGGUAUAGUGACACUUACCCAGAGGGAAGCUCUCAGCAACCCAGAGGAUACAAUGUGACGAUUCCUGCAGGGCCUGCAGAGAGUAAGUCGUCGGGACUUUAUCAGUUCCAGACAGAGCUAAGUCGGGAACCUCCAGAGGUAGUUUCCCAGCAGGGCAGCAGCAUUCCCUCUGGUUUCUUCAGCAGCAACCUCCCACCUGUCCCAAACUUACCUCCCCCUCCUCAGGCCUUUGAUGCUCCUCCCGUUACCAGCAAUCCCAUGAUUCCCCCAGACCAACAGGCCUUUAACCGUGCAGGGGAAGUCACUGGGGCCAGAACUGAGAGCAUGAUCGGUGGGAUGGUGGUGCACGACCAUCAGCACAAGUCUUUGUACCAUUCCGACGACGCACUCUUCAAACACGGCCCACCUCGCCCUCCUCACCCCGAGGAGUUACAACCUCAAAGAAAUGACUUGCAGUAUCGCGACAAAUUUUACGGUCGUGAUUCCAUGCACUUUCAGGAGGACGCUUACCGACACCCAGAUGAUCCAUAUUAUAGGCCAGGCAGUCCUCCACACCACUACCUAAGAGGUCAAGGCAUCACCCCGCCACUUUCUCCCUCAGAAGACCCUUACUAUAGCCAUGAUUACCAGCACCACAGCACCCCUCCUCCACAAUUCAUUCCAAGAAGACCACUGCCACCUCGUUUAGAGCCUCAUCACCCUGCUAUGCGACCUCCCCAUAUGCAUCCCCACCCUGGACACCACCUGCACCCAAGGGGGCCCCCCCACACGCCCUUUCCCCCUCGGUUUCAUGGCCCCAACCCAGUGCUUAGAGGCAAACGUCCAGGUCCAAGAGGGGGAGGGGGAAAUCCUGGUCCAAUGUUUCCCCCAAAAAGACCUUUUCCACGUCCACGGUACUGACUGGAGCUGUUGAUUUGAGCUCUGAAUCUCUAUAGGUGUCACAAAGGCAGGGGGCAGGUCUUUUUACAUUGUCCGGCAGUUUCGAAAGUCACUCAGUUUUGAGUUCCACGCCCUGCCAAGAGGACUCUGAUAACCUGAAACGGCAAAUGUCGCUGGGUCAAAGUGCAGACGCUGAGGUGGGAACCAGAGUGGACGGUGAAACUGAAGAAAGAACUUCUGCAGCUAAGUGGAGGAAAAGUCAAAGAACGCAUCGUUUAGGAGGUUGAGGAUCGACACCAACAAAAGAAAACAGAGGCUCUGAGAAGGCUGCUGAGCUGAGGAGUGAAGGGAGAAGAAGAAAGAGAAUAAGAGGUGGAUAUUUAUAAUUCACUUUUUGUGUUAUUUACUCCAGUAAUUAAGCGUUUAAUUAAAUGUGUAAUUGAGCAUCAGUUUUGAUAAAGGUCAGAGUGUGUGUGCGUGUGUGUGUGCGUGUGCGCAUGGUAUGAGUGUAUGCAUGCUGUCAAGUGUCUGUCAACUAGUCAAAGGCCAUUUGUCAUUUUUCUUCCACUUGAGUUAGAUAAUCAUUAUUUUUACGAAAGAGAACUAGAAAAGAAUGUAGUUGGUGCAGUGAUUCUGCUUUUAUUUAGUUCUUCACUGAGCAGUUUUGACUGCCUCGCUUUGAAAUCAGUCACAGUAGCUUAUGUGGAAAAAACUAUUUAAAUUUCCCCUUGGUUUGGUGAAAACCAGUGUGUGUGUGUAUAUAUAUACACAGUAGAGAUCGUGUUUAUGCUACAAUUACAUAAAUUUGGGGGUGGGGAGCUAUUUUGUUUCACUGUCCGAGCUCCAAAUGUUAUAUUUGUGAAGCAGUGCUCUCCACCAGUGCGUAAAAUCCCUUCGGCGAUAGUUUCACGUCUCGUUGAGUUCCUUGAAGGAGAGCGGCACAAGUCAGUCAAAUGGAGAAAGAGAGAGGGGUGGGAACGGUAUGAGUUCCUUUUUUCUCUCCGCCCUCCAACGCCGACACAGAAGAAGAAAUGCAUUUUUGGAGGGGAUGAAGAUUCUCGGCUUCAGUUUCGUUUUACUUGUACUGACUAAUAAAAAUCUGAGUUUAUAAAA